AUGCCAGCUAGCGCCGUCAAGAAUACGCUUUUUGCAUGGGUUCCAUCGAUCGCUAUUGCACUGCUGUUUUUCGUGCUCACAUUGGCAAGAUUCCGCCAGGCCUUGCGUGAUCAUUAUGGGAAGGCAGGGCGCGACCAUGCAAUAACUGAGAAGGUCUCGAGUCUUUCGCCACUUUUCCUGAUUAUAGUCCGCGAUGGAGCGCUGUUUUUCUUUCUCUGGCUUCACGUUAGCUUUUCUUGCGUCGCAGCCAGACUGGUCAUCAAUCUGCACAGUACCGCUCGUAGGAAAAUGCAGAGGCCGAUGAUCGACUCAAAUGACCCUGCGGUUGAACACUCGCCAGGCCGGCCUAUUCCACUUCGACCCAUUAUCUUCAAUAGAAGAGCGGAACUGGAGACAGGGAUAUCUGUGAACGUGGAGGUGGAAGAGAGGGCUGAUUACGGGGGACUUGGAGAUUCGAAGAGCUAUUGGAAGGCAUAG